AUGGAAGGUGAAAGGGUUGAAUUGCUUAGUGCAGUUGAGGAUCAAUAUGGAGGAGUUGUUGUAAACGUGGAGGAUCAAGAGCCUUUGGAUUCUAAGCUCUUCUCUUCCAUAUUGGAAGCUUCAAUGAACAAUUGGCGGCAACAGGAAAAGAAAGGGGUCUGGCUCAAGUUGCCCAUACAGCAUUCAAAUCUUGUUGAUUCUGCGGUGAAGGCUGGCUUUAGGUACCACCAUGCUGAGGCAGAUUACUUGAUGCUUGUGCGUUGGAUUCCAGAUACUCCUGAUACCUUUCCUGCAAAUGCUUCACAUCGCGUAGGCGUUGGUGCUUUUGUCUUUAACAACAACAAGAAGGAGGUGCUUGUGGUACAGGAAAGAGGUGGCAAAUUCAGAGGCUCUGGUGUAUGGAAGAUGCCUACAGGAGCUGUUAAUGAAGGUGAGGAUAUUUGUGAAGCUGUGAUUAGAGAAGUAAAAGAAGAGACAGGAAUAGAGACAAAGUUUGUUGAAGUUUUAUCUUUCAGGCAAAGUCAUAAGUCAUUCUUCGAGAAAUCAGAUUUGUUCUUUGUUUGUAUGUUGCAACCUCUAUCCUUUGACAUUCAGAUUCAGGCUUCAGAAAUUGAGGCAGCUAAGUGGAUGCCAAUUGAAGAUUAUGCUGCCCAGCCUUUUGUGCAAGAAAAUGACAGUGGGUUGUUUGUUGAAGUUGUAUAA